UUGGAUUUUGGCUUUUGGCUUUGCGGAGUGAUUCAGGUGAGUUCUUCAUUUCCUGUGCAAUGGCGACUGGUAAAACCGUGAAAGAUGUUUCUCCUCACGAUUUCGUGAAGGCUUACGCUUCUCACCUCAAGCGAUCUGGAAAGAUCGAGCUUCCUCUAUGGACAGACAUUGUGAAGACUGGUCGUUUGAAGGAGCUUGCUCCAUACGACCCUGAUUGGUACUAUAUUAGAGCUGCUUCUAUGGCCAGAAAGAUUUACCUGAGAGGAGGUCUUGGUGUUGGUGCUUUCAGAAGAAUCUAUGGAGGUAGCAAAAGAAAUGGAAGUCGACCACCACAUUUCUGUAAGAGCAGUGGUGGUAUUGCUCGCCAUAUUCUCCAACAGUUGGAGACAAUGAGCAUUGUCGAGCUAGACACUAAAGGGGGAAGAAGAAUCACUUCAAGCGGUCAACGGGAUUUGGAUCAGGUCGCUGGUCGUAUUGCUGCUGAAUCAUGAAGAGCUGUUGUUCUCCUUAUGCUUGCUUUGGGGGAGCCUCAAGAAUGUUGCAGAGCUUUUUUGGGUUUCGUGAUUUUAGAUCUUUACUCUCUUCUGUUGUGAUCAUUUUGACGAACUAAUUUGAUAUUGAAGCUGUUAAAGUUUUGUUCUUUACAGUGCUUUUGUAUCCAAGUUUACCCUUCUUCGUAGAAAUCUCAAGAAAUAGUUUACUCUUCA